ACUCUCUCACACACUCACAGACGGUUCAGAAGUCUUAUAUUACAACAGCCUCCACCUCAGCCUCUCAUCCCACACUUUUCCUUGUUGACACACACACACUCUGUCUCGCUCUCACUCUUUCACUCUCACACGACCAGCGCGCACAUGCCGAGAGCAAGAAUAAGCUACGUUAAUACACUAUAACUAAGGUGGUUGCCUGUUUUAGCUUUUAUUUCCUGAAUGGAUCUACAUCAUGUCGACCCCGUCUCAAGACCCUUACCCGGAUAAGGAGAGAGUCAGUAGCACUGAGUUACCCAUGGAAGAACGUAGCCAGACCCGAGCACGUCCCGUGCCACCCGUACCCGAGAGACCAGCCUCUAUCAGGGUGUCUAAACAUGGCCAAGAUAAAAGGGACAGUUCUCAGCUCAAUACUUCUGCUACUACUCAGUCGAAAGUGCCCCUGGCAAGACCCAUUCCACCAAUUCCCACCAAGAAACCUGGGAAACCUCCUGUACCUGUAUGUCCUCCACGCCCAAAAGUUGAUGGUGAGACCUCCACUAAUCAUAGAAGUGUUGUUGGCCCCGAUUCAAGCUUUGAUUCUGUUCAUUCCACUCAUUUACCACCAGAUCGCCCUACACCAGUUACUCGCAAGCUUUCCAAACAUGGCGCACCCCCACAACGCCCAAAUGUCCCACCGAUAGUGAAAAUUUCUUCGACUUUCUUGUCCUCCUCUUCAUCAUUACCCUCUUCUUCUACUUCCAAAACACCACUUUCAAGACCGCAGUCAGUAGUGCCAACUGUCAGCAGUCAUGAGAACCCUUUACAGUCCAGUGCAUCCGUGGAUCACUGUACUAAAUCACAUUGCCCACCACCCAGGCCCCAGCCUCGUACUUCAAUAAGUCACAGUUCCAGUUCCUCUUCAGAGAAACUCACAUGUGUUACCCCUCCGAAACCCCAGCCUCGGAAGAGAGUACCUUCUGCUGCAGUAAAUACUCCCCUACCACGUAACAGCUCUAAUAAUCUGAAUGAUAAUAAUAAUAAUACCAACAUUAAUAACAAUAAUAAUCUGAAUGAUGUUAAUAACAAUGUAAAUAGUAAUGCUGAGGAACUUUCUGCUGCCUCGACACUACUAACAACAACUUCUGUUGAUGCACCUAACACAACUGAUGAACUCAUAAAAGAUAAAUCACCUCCUAACUCUUUAUCUCUUGCCAUACACAAAGCUUCAAAAAACGAAACUAGCUGUAAUUCUGAACAUCAGGCCCCUUCUACUGUUUCACUUGAAAAUUCUGUUAGUAAUUUGACUGCUGAUUCCCACAAAGCCUUAUCUUCAACCCCUGAUCCCCAGUUUAUUUCACCUCCAAAAUGUGCCACCGAAACUGCUUCUAGUGACCCUGUAGACUUAAAUCAAAUUGCAACUACAGAUUCAUUUCCACAUUCCCAGCAAAAUUCUGAUUUUCCAGUGCCAACACCAAGACUAAAACAGCAGUUGGACACAAAACCAGAGAACAACAAUGACAAUUUCCGGACGUCGCCAAGUGAAGAAUUAUGUGAUUUUCAAUUGCCAUCAUUAGAAGAUCCAGUUUCAAGCAAAUCCUGUGGGAAACGUCCAACAAUUAUUAGACCUGUUGAAAAGUCAGAUCCAGUAUGUUCUAGUGAAGAACCAAUUGGAUUGUCUUCUGGUAAACGAGAAAGUUUACCUAGACCUUCACGUCCUCCUCUUCCUGCAAACAGAAAUACUCUGAAGAAUUCUUCUUUAAGGAGACCUUUACCCAGACCACCACCACCUAUACCAAAGGCAGAACCUGUUUCUACAAAUGAAUCCAGUUUUCCAGCACCUUUGCAUGGCAGUAGUGAUCUCUCGGCCAAACCACAGCCAGGGAUGAAGAAACCUUCAAAGUCUUCUGAAUCUGCAAAAUCUCCAGGUACAAAGGGAAAUGAGGGCUCUACAAAAGAGCCAGAGACAAAAGUAGAUAGUGCAAGUCGUUUAAAAAACUUCUUUUCCAGAAAAGGCUCAACACCCUCACCUCCGGCAAGUGAUAAAAAGCCUGUAGCUGCGAAGAAUCGAAAAGCUGCUGAGAUGCUCCAAACAACCAAAGAUUACACUAAACGCAUCUCUGAGACUUUGGGAUUAACAGCUGAGAAACCUUCAGCAGUCUGGUACACUGAACAACCGCCUGAAUCAGAACAGCAAGUCAAACCACCCCAGAAGCCGCCCCAUAAGCACCCCCAGAAGCCACCACCUAAGCCCCCCCAUAAAUCUCAGUUAGGGCCAACAACUUGGUAUGUGGAUCCAGAAGAAUCAACAAGAUCUCAAAAGAAAAAGAAAGUUCCUGGAAGACCACCAUGCAGUCCAUUAGAAAUGACAAAGGCAGAUGACCAACAGCCAUUACAGACAACUGAUGAGAUAGAUGACAGCCCCCAACAGAAAUCAGAUAGAGACUCUUCAGGAAACAAAAACAGUAGUAAUGCCUUUGAAAAAUAUCACAACUCUUUUAAGACAUCAAUUGAAAACCUUUCUAAAUCCUAUGAAGGUUCUCAGACAUCUCUCUUAGAUCUUGACGAUAAAGUUUACGUAGAUGAUAAGAAAAUAUUGCAUCCAAAGUCAGAUAUUCAGAAGAGGCGUCCACCUGAGCCACCAAGACCAAAAUCACUACCAAAUUCAGAUUUAUCUAAACAACCUUUGCAAAAACAUACCUGCCCAGCAGUGGCACCUCCUCCAAAACCCAAAGUUCCUCCUCAGAAACAAGAAAUAAUACUAGACACACCACCAUCACCCGUUCCAAAAACGUCAGAAAUAGACUCCAAGAACACAAAUGUAGCGUUAAAAGAAACUGGAGAUUUGGAAGACACAAAUGUUAAAAGUGAAUCUUCUGGGGUACUUGAUUCGAUCAACCAAUUUGAACAUGCUCCAAAUUCAUUGAUAUCUCCUCCAAAAUCACCUAAACCUGUGGACGACACGUCCAAUAUUUGUGAUAAUAUAAAAACGACAGAAAUGCAACCAAAUCAAAGUGAAACUGCAGAUGUUAUAAACACGUCUCAGGAAAAUCUUGUUUGUUCUGAUGAGAAUGAAAACUUAACAAACGUUAUUCAAAACGAGACUUUUAAUGAAAUGGCUAACAACAAUUUCUCUUCUUCAAAAUCUAAUUUGACGCAGGAAACAAUUGAGUUGGUUGAUGAAAAUGCUAAUGAAAAUGCGGCUGACUCUACGACCUCAGGUGACUUAACUGAAGCAGAACUCAAAAUUGAAAAUUCCAUUACUAAACAAUCUUUGCCUUACAACAAAAUGUCCAAUAGCCUUAAUACUCGCAGUGUGAAUCUGAUAAAGGACUUAAAGAGUAGUUUUGAGAAAUCUUCAUUGGAAGGUUCUACUGAAGACAUAGAGGAAAGCUCAGUGACAGCAACAGCAGAUGAUUCAACUCGAGAAGGGGAGAGCUCAGUACAAGAAAUGCUUGACCAUACAGAUAAUGUUGUGCAGAACUCGCUUGAGGUUGAGGAUAGCUCUUCAGUUAUUGCAGAGGGUUUGCAUGAAAGAGCUGUGGAGAGUUUGUUUGAUGUAAAACCAAAUCAAGCAGUGGAAAGUUCCUCUGAAGUGGUUCAAGAUACAAAUAAAAUGAAUUCAGGGAAAGAUCCAGAAAUUAAGAUCAAAUUGAAACCCAAACCACAGAGGCCACCUUCUUUACCUUCAUCACUCUGCUGCACAUCAGUAAAAGCCAGUUUGAAGCAAGACACUCAACUUCCAAAUGUUGCCACAGGAGAAGUUUCUGCACAGACAGAUAAAAUGUCAGUUGUAGGUAAACAGAAAUCUAGCAUUGCUGACACUGCUAGGAUGAAGGUAACAGAACCUUGUGCAGUUGCAGAAUUUAAUUUUGAAGCUCAAGAACCGGAUGAAUUAUCUCUAAAGACUUUGCUUUCUUUUCUAUUACUGAAUAUACAGAAAGGUGAUCGUGUGAGAUUACUUACCUGGGUAGAUAGCAGUUGGUUAUAUGGUACCUGUAAUGGCUUCAGUGGAAUCUUCCCAAAAGGCUUUGUAAAAAUUAUUCAGCCACUGUCCAACCCUCCAACUCCAGUUAAUGCUAACAACAAUUCAUGUGGAACUGAUCCCGAUUCAGUGCCAGCCAAAGAAAACUCCAACGAUGCUACCGCUUCUGAUGCUACUGAAGUCAUGGCCUUCGAUAACACCCUCUAUGCAAGCCUGUCAGAAGUUACCACUGGCACUAUUGCUCCAACUAAACUGGAUUCUCCUGCUCUGAAGGAUCAAGAACAAAUUAACUGUGACUUUUUAAGUCCAACUCAGUCACAAAUAAAUUUCGAUGCUCACUCUCAAAACGAUGCUUCAAACAGCCUUGACGAUGAGACAACAGAUUCUGAGGUGAUCAGCAAAGUUGACUUCCCUGUCGGGGGAGAGGAGACCAUAGCCAUCACACUGUAUGACUUUGAAGGAGAAGAAGGAGAGCUAAGCUUCAAGGCUCAGCAAGAAGUGACAGUUCUAAAGUGGGUCAACAACGAUUGGCUUUGGGGAAGGAUAGGUGACAAAACCGGAAAUCUGCCAGCUAAUUUCGUGGACUUUGUUGCAGACAACAGUUUUGAGGAAAACCUAGAACCCAUUGAUAACCUAGAACCCAUUGAGCCCUUAAUGAAUCCACCAGCCCCUUCAACUGAUACGAUCACUGAUCAACUCCUCACCUGUGUUGCCAAACAGCUAGAAAAUGUGAAGCAAGUCAAAGACUAUGCUCGAGCACGCUAUGACUUUGCCGCCAGUACUAAGGAUGAUCUCAGCUUCAGAAAGGGCGAUCGUAUUGAGGUCUUGGAAAUUGGUUCAGACUGGGCACAAGGGCGCCACAACAAGAAAGUGGGAUAUUUUCCCACUGGUUUUGUUUCCUUUGAAGAGGAUUUGCACAAUGAAGAUAAUGAAGACGACAUAGCUCCUACAUACAAAGUUGUUAAAGCCCUUUUUGAUUUUAAAGGAAUAGCUGAAGAUGAGCUGUCAUUUGAGGCUGGUGAUCUGAUUUUCUGUCUUGGUGAAGUGAAGAGCUGUCCCGGCUGGAGUCAAGGAACUCUCAAUUCUCAGACUGGAAUUUUUCCAACUAAUUUUGUAUCAGCCCCUAUUUCAAACCCCUGAUACAACUUUUUUCCUUUGUGACCCCUACAUACUCAAAGAGAAAAGACUUAUAAAGAAUUAUACACUUCCCUCUCCCAAUAAAAUUCUAAUGAUCAAUAGAAUGAAAUUACUAGACACAUG